AUGCUCACUAGUUAUAUUGCUGACACACCAGAAGCCAUGAUGUUGGCAUGUGUUGGCGGAAAGACGUCCCCGGUGACUAUGGCGAUGUACAAAGACUUUGGGGAUGCCUUCCAACAUGAACCCCGCACACGAUUCAAAACUCUUGUGUUUUUCCGCAAAGCGCAGAAAUUUCAUCUGAAUGGCAUAGACAAACCAUUCUGGUCGGACUGGUUGCUAGCGGAUCCCUCCCUGUUUUUCAUGCCUGAAUCACUACACCACAUUCAUAAGAUGUUUUGGGACCAUGACACACAGUGGAUCAUUCGCGCAGUGGGAGGGUCCGAGAUAGAUGGUUUUCCAUCAUUCAGCCCACCACCGGUUAUUGCCAUUUUCAUGGAGCGAUCCAUCAUUGCAAUCAGUGCGGAUGCAGCACCUACUGGCGCUGCUGUUGCCGUGCAUGCGCUCAUGCACUUUCAUUAUCUUGUGAAAUCACUGCACAUUGACGACAAGGAUCUUGGUCGCAUCACAGCCACACUAGACAAGUUCCACGCGAACAAGCAUGCAAUCAUCGCUGCUGGUCUCUGCCAGGGAAAAAUUUACAAAGUCAUUGACAAUUGGCAGAUCCCCAAACUCGAGCUUAUGCAGAACAUCACUUGUAGCAUCCGCAACUCUGGUGUUAUAGCACAGUGGUCGGCGGAUGUUACUGAGCAUGUGCAUAUCACUGAAGUCAAAGACCCUGUGAGAUCCAGCAACAAUAAUAACUACAACCCGCUGUGGGUGAGGAAAAUAGAGAUGUGA